CAGAUCUUCAUGCACAAAUCUGCGAUGCAGAUGCAUGCUCGGGAGUUGACGGGAAGAUCCGAGGUGAAACCACACCAAUGCCAGCAGUGCCUCAAGUCUUUCAGCAGUAACCACCAGCUGGUCCAGCAUAUCCGGGUGCACACCGGAGAGAAGCCGUACAAAUGUUCCUACUGCGAUCGCAGGUUCAAGCAGCUCAGCCAUGUCCAACAGCAUACCAGGUUGCAUACAGGUGAGAACGUUUUCAUAAAUGCAUGACUUAGUUGAAUUCACAACACAAAAGAGCCUGGUGACUACCAAUACGUGAAGCCUACA